AUGCUCGCCCAGUACUUGUUGUCGGAACGAGAAUGGUUCUCGUUGUUUCUAAACAACAUGGCAGGAUCUAGGCAACUCUUACACGACUUACUGCAAAACGCGCUUUGGGUCGUCCACCGCCAGGAUCGGACCCGCGAUGCCGGGUCGAUCGUCACACUGGCUAUACAGUGGGCGGAGGGUACUUUGUCGAAUCCGCUUUCAACAGGUGACACCCAAGCCAUUCGAAAGCUCCGCCAUUUAUUCGUUUCGACGAGUUACCGUAUCAACAAUUUUCUGUCCAUGGUGGCGAAUACACCCAAUUGCGUAUCUUUGUCCCAUCGCGUCCGAGAAAGCAAAACGAGGUUAGACGACCUAGAUUCAUACGAAAUCUGCUUUUAUUAUCGGCAAUUCAUUCAAGACGUCAACUUCCACAAAACGCUAGACCUAGGGAUCUUCUCUGUGUUAUCCCGACCCGAGUACCGAGUGUUGGGAAUUGAAACCGUGUGUAAAAUAUCCUCAGCUGUAGCGUUGCAUAAGCCAGUACAUAUUCCCGCUAGCCCAAGGAUGCCUCCCAUCUGGAGCACACCAGCUGCAAUCGACGAGCCCGUCGCAGUGGCGAAAUAA